AUGGCGACCUUCAUGAAGAAGUUUAAGAGGAAGCGCAGACUCUCGACCGAGCUACACUCUCGUUGGGGCGAUGUAUCUAUCAGUUAUCCCACGCAAGGAUCCUGGAAUCAGUGGAAUCAACCGGCUGGCUUUGCCGCCAAUGCACCAAGAGCUUCACCGAACCUCCAUCACGAUGAUGAACAGCGAUAUACCCCAGCAGGUUCAAUUCGGCAACAGAGUCCUAGCUCUAGAAGUAGGCGAUCGCGAAGCACAGGCCCGCGAGAGAAUCAAGUGGGAUCCCAACCGCCCUUUCCCACAGGGCAUUUUGACGAAAACAUUCGGCGUCGCGGGGGAGAAAGAGAGAACCGCUCAUGGCCAAACCAGGGACUAGGUAUUGGCGAUCUGCGAAAUGGACCAGGAGGGCAUACCGGAAGCCGUCGCGCAUCCAGUUCCCGCAGCGACGAAAGCAUCGUGGACGAGUCCUGCGAUGAGGACGAAGAACGCGAUACAUUAGGCAUUCCACGAGCGCGAUUGAGCCCUCAAGAUCCCCGAGACUACGACAGCGAUAUCUCCACGCCACGCGAAACCGUCGACUACGAUAUCGCAGCGAAAUCGCCACCACUUUCUGUUACUUCGCGCAUGCGCCGUUGCAGCUUCCAGAGCUGUGCGACGGACCCGAUGACCUCUGCGUCUGGCGCGCCUAGCUCUAGACGAACUAGCUAUACUGCUGCUUCUUCUGUCUCUGCUCCCUCUAUGCCACCUUCGACUCCGCGGUUUGCAUACAAUACUGCGACCUAUGCUCCUGCAAACUAUGCUCCCUUCCCAGAGAAAAGACAUCCUCCCCGAGUGAAGCAGCAGGAAUCCGAGGCCGCGCUUCGGCAGGAAUUGGUCCCUUCUUACGAUGAAUUAUAUGGUUGA